UUUUUGUUUGGAUUUUUGACUCCUUUCCGUGUUUCCGGUCUCAACUCUCAAGUGUCAAACUGUCAACCAUCGUUCACUCACCCACUCACCUAGUAGUACCAGUCGGUAGAAUCGUAGUACAGUAGAAGUCACAUUUAUGUGAUGUGAUUCUUGUUCUUACACUUCAUUUUUCAUCAUCAUUCUCCCCGCAUUACGCCAUUUUCUGGAGCUCCCUCAUUUUUGCCAGUUCGAAUUGCGCAAUCAACCUACAACAGUAUAGUGUCAUCCGAUAAUGAUUUUGGGUAUGAAGAACAAGAUCAGGAGAGGUCCUAGUAUUCAGGUUGAGUACGUAAUUCAUGUCCAAGAUAUUAAGCCUUGGCCUCCAACACAAUCACUAAAAACUGUCCGUUCUGUUUUGAUCCAAUGGAAAAAUGGCGAGCGCAGUUCUGGAUCUACAAACUCUGUGGCUCCUUCGAUUGAGGAUGGAAAGAUUGAAUUCAAUGAAUCAUUUAGAGUUCCAGUAACCCUGUCAAGGGAUAUGUCAGUCAAAAGUGGUGAUGCAGAUAUAUUUCACAAGAACUUGUUAGAAUUCAACUUGUAUGAACCUCGUAGGGAUAAGACCGUGAAAGGACAGUUACUGGGGACAGCAAUUGUGGACUUAGCAGAUUAUGGUGUUAUCAGAGAAGUUAUGAGUUUAAGUGCUCCCAUGAACUGUACCAGGAGCUUUAGGAAUGCAACACAACCAAUUUUGUACCUAAGAAUUCAAGUCUAUGAUAAGGUUCGCUCAGGUGUAUCCUUGAAGGGUAAAUUUGCCAAAGAAACAUCACUUGAUAAGAACGAUGGGGACUCAGUUUCAGCUCUAAUGAGUGAGGAGUACGCUGAUGAAGCUGAGGGUUCUUCCUUGACUGAUGAUGAUAUUUCAUCACACUCUUCACUGACUGCUUCAUCUGCUUUUGAGUCCAAUGGGGCUUCACCUUCACAAAAUAAGGAGACUGGCUCGGAUAAGAGAAAAUGUCAUACAGACACCUCUGAAUUUGACUCAGAGGUUAACUUGGAAAAGGUAUCUUCUACAUCAGACCAAGUGCAUGAAAGAAGUCGACAGAUUAGUGAAGAGGUUGCUAGUCUUAAAGGUCAAAUUAUUGCAAUGUCAAUACCAGAUGAAGUGCCAUCCGUCUCUACCGGUGAAGGAAUUCCAAUGGAAACACCUGAAGAACUCAAGUCUGAACUUGAUUUUCAACUACAAGCCAAAAGGAGAAGUGAGCAAAAAUCAAAGAUUCCUGAAAGGAGCAGUUCUAUGGAGGUUACACCCACAGUUGAUAUUGAUGAUGUGGUGGUCAAAGAUGGAGACAAGCAUGAGAAUGUUGAUCAGGACGGGCGAAUGUUGGAAGAAGAAAAACAUAUAGUACAAAAUGCAUCUUCCAAUAAAUUUUCACUGGAUGUUAAUGGAAACCAAGUUAUGUCUGAAAGUGAUUCACCUCUCAUCAGGAAUGGAGUUAGGCGUGUAAGAUCUGUUCGAUCCUUAAUGGAAUCUUCUAGAAGCAACGGCUCUGCAGGAGGUUAUCUUGGAAAAAUAUCUAGUCUGGAAGUCAAUUCAGCAGAAAAAAGACGCACAUCUUCUGAUAGCAAAACUCAGGGACUAGAACAAAGGAUAAAUAUAUUAGAGAGAGAGCUGAGGGAAGCUGCUGCUCUUGAGGUCGCUCUUUAUUCAGUGGUUGCAGAGCAUGGAAGUUCCACUAAUAAGGUUCAUGCACCUGCAAGGCGCCUUUCUAGACUGUAUCUUCAAGCUGGUAAAGGAAUGAAGAGAGCAAGUGCAGCCCAAAGUUCAGUUUCAGGAUUAAUUGUUGUUGCAAAAGCUUGUGGAAAUGAUGUUCCAAGGUUGACCUUCUGGUUGUCAAACUGUGUUGUGCUCCGAGCAAUUCUCUGUGAGGCCUUUGCAGAAGAGCAGUUGCCAGUAUCUGCUAGCUCUUUAGCAGAAAUUGGAGAUGGCAAAGGAAUGAAUCAGAAAUCAUCAUCACUAAAAUGGAGGCUUUCCUCUUCUGACAAGCUAGCUAAUAAAUUUGGGGCAAAUGGAAGUUUUCAAGAUUGGGUUGAUCCACAUGCAUUCAUGUCUGCAUUAGAAAAAGUUGAAUCUUGGAUCUUUUCACGAAUUGUCGAAUCUGUUUGGUGGCAGACUUUGACUCCACACAUGCAGUCUUCAGCUGCUCAGAUGAUUAAUAAUGUAGCGGACCCUGGCAUUCAGAAAAAGUAUAGGAGGUCAUCCUCUUAUGGUGAUCAAGAGCAGGUCAACUUUUCAUUAGAACUUUGGAAGAAGGCAUUCAAAGAUGCCUGUGAGAGGCUUUGUCCACUGCGAGCUGGAGGUCAUGAUUGUGGCUGCUUGCCAGUGCUGGCUAAAUUGAUAAUGGAGCAAUGUGUAGCAAGACUGGAUGUAGCCAUGUUUAAUGCUAUUCUUCGAGAAUCUGCUGAUGAUAUGCCAACUGAUCCUGUAUCUGAUCCUAUUAGUGACCCGAAGGUUCUCCCAGUUCCGGCAGGGAAAUCAAGCUUUGGUUCUGGUGCACAGCUUAAAAACGCAAUUGGAAACUGGUCUAGAUGGUUAACUGACCUGUUUGGCAUAGACGAUGAUGAUGAUCCACCUGAAGAUGAAAGGGAAGGUAAUGAAGAUGAUGAUGGCGAGGGACUUCAAUAUGAUUCUUCCUUCAAAUCAUUUUAUCUGCUGAAAUCGUUGAGUGACCUCAUGAUGCUUCCAAAGGACUUGCUAUUGAGUGAGUCAGUCAGAAGAGAGGUGUGCCCUACAUUUGGUGCCCAUAUUAUUAAAAGGGUUCUUCAAAAUUUUGUUCCUGACGAGUUCUGCUCAGACCCAGUCCCAGAUGCUGUCUUUGAAGCUUUGUCUGAGUAUGUCCAUGAUGAAGAUGAAGCAUCAAUCACGUAUUACCCGUGUACAGCACCUGCGUUAUUUUACUCUCCUCCACCAUCUUCACUGGCCAGUGUUAUUGGGGUUAAUUUGGGAACACAAACCUCAUCCCAGUUACGAAGAAGUGGAUCGGUACUUAGAAGGUCAAACACUAGUGACGAUGAAUUAGAUGAACUGGAUUCACCACUCCAUGCCAUUCUCAGUGAAGGUUUCCAGGCAUCGCCUGCUCAAGUCAAACAGAAUCUGAAAGAUGUGGAUAAUCACCGGGAAAAUGUCAUCAGAUACCAACUACUUCGUCAAGUUUGGGAUGGAGUAGAAUCAUGAAUAUAGUUGUGCAUAUAAUUGUACAGAUGUAUGACCUGUAAUGUAGCAAUGAUAGUUUUCCGGUCAAUUUGUAGAUAACCCCUGUUGUGAGUUGUGACUACUUAAACGACACGAGGAACUAAUAAAUCUUGGAUAAAAGUAUUCUCUUACAA